GGCGGAUGGACCAGGAGCAAAGAGAAGAAUAUGAGAGAAUGCCCCGCAAAGACAAGGACGAGAUAAAGAGAGAGAGAGCAUGGGAGAGGAAGAGGAGGAAUAGGAGAACACCGCAGGAUGAGGAGAAGGAAGAACAGGAGGAGGAGGAUCCAGAGGACAGAGACAAUGCAAGGGACAGGAAGAAGCGAAGAGAGCAGGAGAGGAAGAGACGAAAAGAGGAGGAGGCAAGGAUGAAGAGAAGGCGGCAGGAGGAACAGAGAAAGGAGAAGAAACGGAUGAGGGAGAUGGAGGAGAAGCAGAUGGAGGAAAAGAGGAGGAGGAGGAGAGAAGAGGAAGAGAGGGAGAAAGAGAGAUUUAGGCGAGAAGAGGAGGAGACGAUCAAGAGGGAAGAGGAAGAGGAAGAGAAAGAGAGAGUUAGGAGAAAAGAAGAAGAGAAGGAGCUGGAGAGGAUCAGGCGACAAGAGGAAGAGGAAAGGAUGAAAAAGAAGCGACAAGCAGGAGAGGGAGAAGAAGAGGAAGGGAAGAGAAGGAGACUGGAAGAGUACCAGGAAGAGGAGGAAGUAAACGAGUGCAGUAAACAGGAGGAGGGAGAGAGAAGGGGAGACGAAAGGAGGAUGAGACGCCAGAGAAAGCUGAGGGUGCUGAGGCGCGGCCAGGAGAGAAUGAGGCGCCAGCAGGGACAGGAGGAAGUGUUGAGGCGACACCUGGAGGAGGAAAGGAGCAAACACCAGGAGAAGGAGAGGAUAAGACAGGAGGAAAGAAUGACACGAGAGCAGGAGGAAGAGAGGAGGAAACAGGAGGAGAGAGAGAAGGAAGAGAAAGAGCAGCGCGAGAGAGAAAGGGACGAAGAAAGCGCGGGACUGAACAGAAAAACGUGCCGAGGAGGCCAGGAAGCGAGUUUGGCAGUUUAAGAAAAUGGCGUUUAGUUUUAAGGAAAA